AUGUUCAUCUUGAUCCUGCCUGCAACGGUGGUGGAGAAGCACGAGGUUCCCGAUGAAGAUACUGCAAUGGUCAGGGGGUCUCGCCGCGGUAAGAAUGCAGUCCAGCCAACCACCGACACCGCCAAUGCCACCGCGGGCACGAGCACAAGUGGACCGCCUCUUCCAAACGUCCCCUCACCAUCGCCAGCGUCGUCGGACUCGUCAGACGCCGAAGACGUGUCCAAUAUGAGCGAGAUGCAUGCGGAGAGCUCACACGGGUACUCGGCGUCGCGUCCUGCGUCGCCCAGUCAGCCAGGCGAGGGCCCGGAGCAGGAGGACAGCGUUACGUGUCAGUGGGGGGAAUGUGGGGUCGUCUUCACGCACCUGCCGACGCUGAUUGACCAUAUUCACAACGAGCAUAUCGGGGUGCACAAGUCGAACUACACCUGCGAAUGGGCCACCUGCGGACGGAGAGGAAUACCACAAACGUCGCGAUUUGCUCUGAUAUCGCAUAUCCGGUCGCAUACAGGAGAGAAGCCAUUCAUCUGUGUUCUACCAGAAUGCGACAAAUCCUUCACCCGUUCGGACGCGCUGGCCAAGCACAUGCGCCUUCAACAUAACAUCUCACCACCUGCCCCAGGACGAGGUGGUUCGCGGAAACGAAAACGCGGCGCAGACGACAACACGACCCAAGGAACCUCGACCCCCGUGCCGGUAUCUACCCCUCUCCCAUCUAUGCCCCCUGCCAGCGCUUUUAACAAGUUCAAGGUCGAGCCCAAUACGCCGUCGGAGCACAUCGACUCGGAGCUCGGUGGAGAUGUGAAGCACGACUACUUUACCCCUGCCGCCUCAGGACGCGGUGGCAAGGCGUCGAACGCGAAUGGAAGGCAGACAAGGAGGCCCAGGCAGUCCGCACUGCAGAACGAAGUGCACACACCGACUCCGGAGGAGACUGGGCCGGCUCAGGGCGGAGGAGAGGAGGAGGAUGGAUAUGCGUCUUCGUCGUCGGACGUGCUGCCACCGUAUCUGCAGGCGCAGUACGACGAGGCGACAGGGCUGGUGUUGGGUUGUACCCCCGCGAAGGCGAUGUACCUCCUAAUGAAGGCGAAGGAGCGAUACGCGGUUGAGCAGCGUGAUAUACUGGAGGAGGAGCUCAGGCGGAUGAGGGCGGAGCUGGAACGGGAGAGGGACGAGAAGGAGGUUGCGUUGGACGAUUUGCUCUAUCAGACACUCGGGCCAGAAGCCGGCCUUCUCAUGCCACCAGCCUACCCCCAUGACAGGCUGUCGUCUCACUCUCACUCUCACUCUCACCCUGCUCCUCUACCUUUACAUCCCGGAGCUGGGUACCCAAUGGGUCCAAAUGACCCUUACGCCAUGCCUAUCAUGCAAAAUGGAUCCUCGAGUCGCGUUCGAGGAUGA